AUGGCCCAGGGCGUCACUGGGGAGGAGGCGGCCAGGUUCAUAGACGACCUGCGGCUGGCCGACCUCGUCGCGGUCCGGCUCGACACCUCCGGGCCGCCCCCGCCGCUGGCCGACGGGCUGAAGUCGCAGGGCGUCCCGCCUGCCUGGCGGGCUCAGGCUCACUUCUCGGCCUCGGCCGAGUGCCUGCGGAGGGGCCCGCUGCCGCUGCGCGUGGGGCUCUGCUGCUGCCGCCGGUUGCCCGCGGAGCCGGGCGCCGGUGGUGCGGCGGUUGGCGCCGGCGCUGGCACCUGGGAGCUGCGGGCGCACGAGCUGGGGCUCUGGCCUGGGGCCGAGCUGCAGAUGCCCGCGGACGUGGCCGCGCGGCGCCGGGGGGCGGCGAGGGAGGCGGCGAAGGCCGCCGGGCCCGCGGCGGCGGCGCCCGGCGCCGGAGCCUCGCCCUGGUCGUCGCAGCUGGCGUGCCCGGCCAGGUGGGCCCUGGCGGCGCUCAGCGCGUCGCGCGUGCCGCUGGCCUUCCACAACGGGCUGCCAGACAACAUCCUGGAGCUCUUCGACAAGUUCGCGGGCGAGGUCCCCGCGGGCCUGGCCGACUUUGGGUCCGCCUGGACCGCGCUCUUCCCCGCCACGUUCGACGUGCAGCUCCUGGCCUCGCAGGCGGGCCCCCCGGCUGGGCCCAGGGCGCCGCUGCGGCUGGAGGAGCUCCACGAGCAGCUCUGGAGCUGCGCCGGGAACGACGUCACCUUCAAGGAACUGGGGCUCUACACCCACCGCGCGGCCUCGAGGAGGCUUGGCCUAGUCGCCGGACGUGGUCAGGGCUCGGUGGCGCGGGAGGCCAUGGCGGUAGCUGAGUCCUUCAUCGUUCAGAUGAGGCUUCGCCUCCAUGCCACCAGCGGGGCGAGCCAGUCCCUGGCGGGAGUUGCUGUCCUUGCGCCUUCAGCAAUCGGGUUGUGUGGAGGGACGGCGGCUGUGGCCGACGCGCUGAAGAAGACAGCGGAGGGUGCCAAUCAGCCAGCCGCCGCUAAGCAGACGCCUUCGGCGUGCGUGCCGUCGACCACGGCCCCGGCGUCCUCCUCCGCCUCGCUCGAGGAUGCGUGCGUGGGCACGACUGUUGCCGGCGAGGACAAUGCCCAGCAGGAAGACUGCCAUGCGACCUGCGGCUGCUUCGUGGCCCAGCUGCUGGCAGCGACCAGGGCCGAGCGGCCGAGGGCACCCAGUGCGAAAGCCUGCCCAGCGCCCUCGACGCCUGCCAAGCGACGGCGGCAGGGGAGCCCGAGGCCCUCGACAGGCUUGGGCCAAGACCGCGCGAGGGACCUCUCGCCCAUCAAGGGCGCCGACGCGAAGCGGCCGCGGCGCAGGGCCAGCGCGGCGGGCAAGGCGGCGGCGCCCGGGCCCCUCUUCGAGGCCGCGGCGGUGCAGCCGACGGUGGCGGCCCUGGCGGCGAAGCUGGCGACGCCGGGGGGGCUCGACGAGAGCCUGCGCGCCUGCCAGCACCUGCACAACUGCCUGGCCGCCCCGCCGGCCGAGCGCGGCCUGGCGCUGGCCCCGCGGGCGCGGCGGCGGGCCUCGCUGCCGCCC